CUAGAAACGGAUCUAGAGCAGCAGCCUUCUCCGUGUCAUCAAAUUGCUCCAAACCUCCAACCCAUGUUCAAUAUCACAAACCUUAAUUUCACAAAAAAAGCCAAAAGAAACCCACAAACCCCAAAUUGAUUAACCACAAACGAUGGUCCUCCAUACGAAAUUGGUCAAACGCAUGAUGGCAGGGGAGGGCAGGUAGACCUACUGCAUCUUUCUGUUUUGUAGAUUCCUGGAGCGUCCGACCUUGAAGGCGGUGGUGGUUGUGCUGCGGCCGCCCAUGGACCGGUGCGCCUCCUUGACCUACGACAUCAGGGCAUUAAUGACGGGUACAAGGCAAGCUGCGUGUUGAGCGUUGUAGGGGCUAGGCGGCGGCGCUACAAGACGGCAGCGGCUAUGCGGCUGGAUGGCGAGUCGGGGAAUGGAACGCGACCUGGGAUUAGGGUUGAAGACUGAGGCUAGUGUUGGAGAAAAGAUGUGGAAGGUUAGGGUUUUAUAGGUAUAACCUAAAGGCUAUAUUAGUCAUAAAAAUUAUUAAUUAAUUAAUUAAUUACGAAACUAAUUAAAUUUUGUAUAUUCAAAUAUUAUUUUAGGAUAAAAACUAGAUAGGUCAUAGAUUGGUAAAGUGGUGGAGUUUUAUUUAUACCUAGGGUAAUUAUCUCAUGAUCUACAUAGUUUUUUGAUCGGAGUACAAGCUUACAAUAUGUGAUUGGAGUUCAGGUCCUUGUUUUUUAUUUCAUCCAUCCUCUCUAAUAAAGUCUUAUUAUAAAGUCUUAAUAUAUUUUAAUAAAAAUGCGACUAGAAUUACUAUGAAUGUAUUUUUAUGAUCACUAUGAAAUAAGAUUUGAAUACUCUUCUGUCUCAAAAAGAUGGGUCAAAUUGACAAUUUUUUAUCAAUGAUAGUUAAGUUUGUCUAAUGAUAUUUUUUAAUAUAAAAUUAUUUAAAAUUAAAUAUGAAAAUUAUAUGAGAAUAUUCUAUAUUAAAAAAUCUUCUGACUUGCGCUUGUUGGAAAGGAAUUGUUACUUUUCGGACUUCCGCAUCUCGCGUCUUCUUCCGCACUCUAUCUUCGUUCUUCAUCAACGGUCUGUGCAUUCAUACGACUACCGUGAAGCUCUAUCGUAGAUGGAUUCUCCCCUAUUGAUUAUGUUGCAAUUGGAUGGUUUGUGGUUGCCUGACUACACCUUCAUGCUCUCUCAAAGUUGUCGUAUUCAUGUUCAUCCACAUUCAGCAUACAUAUCAUUCAUUGAAAGUAUGUGUGUCAUCUUAAAUCAGUUCAAGCCACACCGUUUGUUUAGACUUUCUUAUAUGGUGAAUGGUGCCCCCCUCCCGUUUGGAUUAAUAAUGAGGAAACAUUCCAAUUUUAUCUUCAUCUCAAGGUUUUGCAAUCUGAUUUUAAAAAGUAUCCCCUUUGUAUGGAGUUCAUCUCUAAUCAAAAUGUUUAAGUUGAUAUUUCCUUACCAUCUCAUCAUUUAGUUGAUCAAUCUAUUUGUCCACAUGAAUUUCCUUCUUCUUUACCAUCUAACCAAUCUCCUUCUUCACCUAUCAAUUUGUCUAAUGUUGAUGACUGAGGGAACAGUUCAUCAUGUAGUGAGUCUUCCUCAUCAGAUUGUUCUACCACUCCAAUUCCUAUCCCCCUUCUUCUCUAUCUAAACAGUCCUCCUCUCAAACACUAUCCAUUCCCCAUAAUGUUGAUGUACUCACACACUAUGAUCCGACUUGUAUUCUUCUUGAUGUCAUUUAUAAGAGCAAGAAAGACCCUCUUUAUCGCCUUAAGAUGUAUGCUAUUACCAAUACUUUCUGAUAUGACACCCGCACAUCAACCAAGACUUCUUUGCAUGUCGUUUGUGUGGGUGAGAAGUGCAAAUGGGUUGUCCGUGCUGUGAAGUUAAGUGGGGUUGCCAUGUUUCAGUUUCGAAGGUUCGAUGUUCUACAUACUUGUUCUAUUGAUGAGAGACGGGGAAAACACCGGUAAGCUACGUACCAUAUCAUCGCUGAUAUGGUGGCACACAAGUUUCUUGAUGCAUCACAGAAGCCAUACACCCCGAAACAAAUAAGACUUGAAAUGAGUUUGGAAUUUGGCAUUUCUAUGUCGUAUAAGAAAUCAUGGAAAGCACAAAAAACUGCCAUGCAAAAGCAGUUCGGUUCUGAUGCAGACUCAUACCAAUUAUUGCCUUCUAUGGCAUACAUUCUUGCUAAAUCAAACCAUGGCUCUUCAAUAGAUCUUAUUAGAGGUGUUGACAAUGAGUUUCGGUAUUUUUUCUUCUCACUAGCUGCGUGGAUUCAAACUUGGGAGUUCUAUAGACCUGUAUUAAUUGUGGAUGGUUCCUUCAUGAAGGCCUACUAUAAAGGUACACUACUUACUGCUUGUGGACAAGAUGCGAACAAUCAAAUUGUUCCUUUAACCUUUGGUAUUUGUGACUCAGGAAGCAAAGCCUCGUGGUUAUGGUUUUUGUUUUUUUCAAAUUGCGUGAUUCACUCAAGUUCCGACAGAAUAUGUAUAUUUUGUCUGAUCGUCAUAAAGGUAUAAUCAGUGCUGCCACUAAAGUGUUUCCACAUUCCAUUCAUGGUUUUUGUGUUGAACACCUUAAAAAGAAUUUGAUUUCUAAAUUCAAAGUGACAUCUGAUGGUAUUGGUUGGAAAUUUAAGGCAGCCUACGGUGCAACCACAGUGAAGGAGUAUGAAGGAUACAUGUCUAUGUUGGAUUCUGAAAAUAUUAAGAUCCGUCCUUGGUUAGACAAGCUUGGCAAUCAUAGAUGAGCUAGGUGCAUGGUUGAACCACGUAGAUUUGCUGUGUUGACCUCAAAUUGUGCUGAGUCAUUGAAUAGUUUUAAUGUAUGUGAUUGGGAGUAUUCUAUUUCUAAGCUAAUUGACUUUUUACGCCAACGGAUGAAACAAUGGUUUACUGAAAGAAGUGAAGCAGCACUGAAAACAUCCACUCUUUUUUUUAGCCCGGAAGGCAAACCACCAAAAACAUCCACUCUUUUAUCCAACAAGUGUGAAAGUCAUUUGGUGGCUUUGCAAUCUCAAUCCACACGGCUGCAGGUCUGCAUUUUUAUGUCAUUCAUUAAGUUUUGUUACUAAUACAUUUGUUAUUACUCAUUUGUAACAGUUUUUCUUAAUAUGUUAUUUUAGGUGAAGCCAUCUUCUUUUUUUUGAAUCUCAUGUUGUAGACAGAAAGUGCAGAUCAUUUGUUGUUAUUUUGACUUACAAGACAUGCACAUGUGGUGUUUUCUAGUUAGACCAUUUCGUUUGUGUUCAUGCAGUAGCUUCUAUUUGUAUGCGGCCAAGCCUUUCAUGUUAUGAUUUUAUAUCACCCUAUCUUUCUCGUGAUGCAUGGUUGCCUACGUGGACUGAUACAGUUCACCCUAUUCCAGAUCCACACUCAUGGUCCGUUCCUUCUGAUAUUGCUAGCAUUUGUUGCAAGCCUCCUACUUGUGUGAAGAGACUUGUAGGACGUCUUAAGAAGUCCAGAAUACCUUCAAUCAGAGAGUUCAAUGGUUCAAGUCUUCAAGACGUCAAAGAUGCUCUCGCUGCCACAAGCUUGGACACAACAAGAAGACUUGUAGAAAUCCAAUUCGUAUACAUAAGUAGUCAUGAAGUGUUCAUGUGUCUUAGCUACAUACAUAGUAGUUACAUAAUAAAAGUACUUGUUUUUAGUCUGCGGACAUAUUCAGAACAUUUGUUACUAUCACUUUGGUCACACUUUUACUAAUAUGAUUCCACACUGCUUUACUAGUGCCUUUCUUUAUAAUGAAUGCCAUCAUAGUGUUUGUCAUUAAAGUUUGAUAUAUAAUAUCAUCU